AUGCGACAACACAUCUGGGCUGGACUAAUUAACGGCUUCAUUAUUGCAUCUAGGCAGCUCUUCCAUCUGGCAUUGGCUCAGUUGUGCGUGGGUUUCAAGCACAGCGGCAAUGCAAACCCCAGCUUGUUUGCUGACAGUGUGUCUUUGUAUCCUAAGAGGGGCUACGGCGGACUGCGAUCGGGUCCAGACUGGCACAUACGAGCCCAGUUGCCACCACCUCUGCGCCUUCUCCAUACAAAAGCUGCAAGAAAUCCGGUUCCUGGGCGCCUAAUGAGUUGUUGCAGUCUGAGUUUCUAA